AUGCACAGAACUAGAGAAAAAAAUGCAAAGUCAAAAUGUGUAAUUUCUAUGGAUGGAAAUACAACUACUAUUACUAACCCAGAAAAUGGCGAUGUAAAAAGUUUUUCCUUUGAUCAUUGCUAUUGGUCACAUGAUGAAUGUACAGAAGAUGAAAAUGGAGUUUUUACUCAAGAUUCUCAAACCUCCAAAUACGCUGAUCAGAAUUUGGUAUUUAAAGAUUUAGGGCAGGGAGUUUUAGAUAAUGCUUGGCAAGGAUAUAAUGCUACUUUAUUUGCGUACGGACAGACAGGAUCAGGAAAGAGUUAUUCUAUGACGGGUUACGGAGCAAACAAAGGAAUCGUACCUAUCACAUGUGGAGAAUUAUUUAAUGCCAUAGAAAAAAACAAGGAUGACAAUAAACAAUUGAGGGUAACAUUUAGUAUGUUGGAGAUAUAUAAUGAACAAAUUCGUGAUUUAUUGGUCAAAGGUCAACAAAAGCAGGGUGGUCUGAAGGUCAGACAAAGUCCAAAAAUUGGUUUCUACGUUGAAGGAUUAAAGCAAGUACCUGUUAGUAAUUAUAGAGAAAUAGAACAAUUAAUGGAACAAGGUGCUAUAAGUAGAACAACAGCAUCAACAAACAUGAACGCCACCAGUAGUAGAUCUCAUAUGGUCAUCACUAUAAAAUUUGAACAGGUUUUUAUGAACACGUCUGGUCAGAGUACAACUAAAAGUAGUGAGAUUAAUCUGGUGGAUUUAGCUGGUAGUGAACGAGCUAAUUCUACAGGUGCUACAGGUGAUAGGUUAAAGGAAGGAGCGGCCAUUAAUCAGAGUUUAUCAACACUGGGUAACGUUAUCAGUGCAUUAGCUGAUAUAGCAGGAGGAAAGAAGAAAGUAUUAAUACCAUAUAGAGAUUCAGUUCUUACUAAAUUAUCACAAUCUGCUCUUGGUGGAAACAGUCGGACUAUAAUGAUCGCUGCACUGAGUCCAGCUGGUAUUAAUUUUGAUGAAACUUUAUCUACAUUAAGAUACGCAGACAGAGCAAAGAAAAUACAGAAUAAUGCUGUUAUAAAUGAAAGUCCAACUGAAAGAUUGAUUCGUGAAUUGAAAGAAGAAAAUGACAGACUUUUAGAAAUGUUGAAGUCGCAUGGUAAAAAGGGCAAUAAUUCAGAAGAGUUAAAAUAUCUAUUGGCUGAAAAUGAAAGACAGAUGGGUAAUCAGUUGUCAUGGGAACAAAGAUUGGAAGAAGCAAGAUCUGAAUGGGAGAAAACAUUUUUAAACACAUCUAAAGAGAAGGCUGACUGGGAACAAUUACCAUAUAUAAUGAAUAUUAAUGAAGAUUCACAGUUAAAUGGUGUUAUUAAACAUUGUUUUGAUAAAGGUAAAACUGUGAUUGGUAAAGAAAAUCAAGAUGGUGUAAAUGUAGCUAUAAAAGGUUUCAGUAUACAAGCUGAACAUGCUGUGGUAUAUAAUGAUGGUAGUAAGAUAUAUAUAGAACCAAGUACAACUCAAUCACUGAUCAACUGUAACGGCGCCAGAAUCAAAACAAAGACACAAUUACAUCAUCUAGACAGGUUAAAGUUUGGUACCACAAGUUUAUUUUUGUUUAUGAGUUUUACAUCAGAAAGAGGACCACAAGACCAGAUAGAUAAAUAUAACUACGAUUAUUUUAUGACCGAGAUAGCAGAGCAUGAAGGUUUAGCUGCAGAACUACAGACGCCAAGAACACACGGUGAUGAAGCUCAAUCAAGUACUACAACAGUGUUUCAUGAAUUUGUUGAUCUAAUGCCUUUAAUUACAGAAGCUAAUGCCAUCAGUGAAGAACUCAAUAAACAUGUAAAAUUUGAAGCAGAAGUAAAAAGUUCAGCAAGUCAUGAAACAACUGCCAAAUCUAAAGAUAAAGAAGUUCUUGUUAAAGUAACCAAUACUCUCACUAGAAAGGUAUGGAUAUGGAGUAAAGGAAAGUUUAUUAAUCGUAAGAAUAUUAUGGAUCAGAUGUAUAGUGAAUGGAGUGAUUCAGGUCAGGUUAAAGUCAGUAAGAAGAAUGAUCCUUUCUGGGAUCCAGUAGAGGACGUCUUUUUAGGAAGCUGUCAUGUUUGGUUACAACCAGUAGCUUAUAGAGUAGAGGUUGAUGAACAUUUUGCCGUACAUAAUUAUCACGGUAAAGAGGAAGCUGUAAUACAUGUACAGAUUGUACCUUGUAACGAGAGAGGUAAACCAAAGAUAGAAGAUGAUAUACUUGUUGAUUCAGAUGAAUUAUUAGGAUGUCCGCUACAUUUUCACAUCAAGUUACCACAGUGUAUGGGUGUCAGAUGGGUGAUGGAGGAUAACUCUCGAGGAGUUUAUUGCAGAGUUGUGCUACCAGAUGAAAAACAUCAAAUUGUAACAGACAGAAUUUGGAACAAAAUUCACUCCGAAUUGGCAUUCUCAAGACAAAUUUCUUAUAAAAAAGUUUCUGCCAAAAUUUUACAGAAUCUUUUAACACAGUCUUUAGUGCUUGAAUUAUGGGGAACACAAGAUAAAACAGAAGUAGAACAUACAGAAGAACAUGUCAGUCGACAUCUUGACGUGGAUAUUAUUUCACCAACAAAUGGUGCUCCAGAUUAUAGUUCCUUACAAAAAGAAAAUAAACAAUUAAAAGAAGAACUGGAAAAAAGUAGAAAAACAGCUCACCAUCAGAAUGGUACAACAAAUGGUCUGGAUGUUGAUUUAGCUAAGAACAUUCAGAUUUUCUUCAAAGAUAUUCGUUCAGUUCAACAUCAAAUACAAAGCAUGAAAGAUAUUGCUGAUGGAGUACAGAAAGAUGGCAAAUAUAAUGGUAACAUGAAGGUCAUCAUUGAAGAUUAUGUCACUUCCUUAGAUACCACUGAUAAACAAUUAUCGACUUGUGUACAGGCCCUAAGAAAAAGUGUCAUGGAUACCAUCAAGAAAAAUAAGUCAAAGUAGACAUAUUAGUGCACUACCAGAGCUUGAAUUCCUCAGACUUCAGGAAGAAUUUUGUAAAGUGUUCCCAUAGACUCAUCUGAGUUCAGGCCUGAUGGAUUGUUUUUAUAAAAAGAAAGUCAAACCUGUGAUAUCUAUUGUCGAUAUUUUAAUUACCAGUACCAGAUUAUUUAGAAAUAUUUUUGGUGGUUAUCAGUAUUUCAAUUUCUAGAAUAAUCAGUAUUUAUUUACUAAAUAAUCAGUAAUAUUUUAUUGUGGUUAUUAUCAGUAUUUCAGUUACUAGAAUAAUCAAUAAUAUUGUUUUUUGGUUAUUAUCGAAGAUCUAAAUUUUAGUUUAGAUGCAAAAAAAGAUCUGUUUUACUGUGAUACAGUAGCUUUAUAUUGUUAUGUAUAAUUGUUAGAGAAACCGUCCAUUAUGUAACUGUGAUAUUAAGCCACAUAUUUUAAAAUCUAGACCCCCCAUAUUGUGGAUAAUUGUAUUAAAACAUCAACAAUCAAGAAAAGACAAAACGAAGCCUGAACCAUACUUAAUCCUAGUACACUUAUUAAACAAAAACUUUGCAGAUCAAUCAUUUCCAUCUUAAGUUAAGGCCUUUUGAAUUUAUGAUUUUUGAUUAAAAAUAAUAGAAACUAUACAUAAAUGACUCAUAUUCUUUACUUAAAAGGGUAAAGCCAGCGGGCAAACUUAAUAAUUUUCAUCAGAUACAUUAAUGUAGACAUGAUAUCAUUUCUUGAAGGAUGUUUGGUUGUUUUUUUUUUUAAUAAAUUUUUCUACUUUGUGGAAUAUUCAGGCACAAUUAAUAAUUUUCAUCAAACAGAUACCGGUACAUUAAAGUAGAAAUGAUAUCAUAUCUUGAAGGAUUGGGGUUUUUUGAAUAAAUUUUUCUAUUUUGUGGAAUAUUCAAUAAUUUCCCUUGAACUGGAUGUGACUGAUUAAAAUCACUAUAGAAUAUGAAAGUUUGUUACUGAUAGAUUAUUUUUAUACUAAAAGUGCAAUAUGUAUAUAAAGAUGUUAUUGUGAUAUACUAGUAUAUAUAUGGUUAUUUGUUUUUUAAAUAUUAGUAUAUUUGGUUAUUUUCUGUCUUCAUUAGCCCAGUCAAGUCUGUGUAGAAAAGUAGGACGUUAAACCCCAUUUCAUAUCAUUUGAUAUUUGGUUAUAUUUUUUUUUAUAUAUAUAUACUACUAUAUAUAUAUGGUUACUGGGGUAUUUAUUUUUAUAAUUUCGUUAAAGGGUAAGGAAAAUCAUCAGUUGAUAUUUCUACAUGUAAAAUAUUAUUUAGUCGCGAUGCACUAUUUUAAGCAAUAGGAAUCACUUCCAAACUACAAUAUUGUGAAAGAUGAAUCUUUAAUAGAAAUAUCCGUCCAAUAAUGCCUCAACCCCAUUCAGUAUUUACAGAGAUAUAUGACACUGAAAUUUCAUCGAUCUACAAUGUUCACUAUGCAGUAAGCCAAGCACAAUUUUGUUGUCCAUGAAAAUUUAAUGAUAGACCUGUCUUAAAUCCGAUUGAAUUUAAGCCAGAACAUUAUCUGGCGUUCGUAUUUUAUUUCAUUUAUGUUAAAUAAUCAAUUAGUGUGCAUGAAGAUGUUAGAAAGUCGAUAUUUUAGUGACAAAUCCCAAAGGUGACAAGGAAAUUCAGACAUUUCCAAGAGUUGAAUCUACAUGUAAAUGUUAUUGUGUAAUUACUGUAUAUUAUAUUUGUAUCAUUUAAAUGUGUUUAUAAUUGUUUGUUAUUGUAUGUUAAAAUAAUAUAUCAUUGUUAUUGUGUAAUUACAGUAUGAUGUAAAUUUGUUUAUAAUUGUUUGUUAUUGUAUAUUAAACUUAUAUAUGAUGUUAUUA